CCAAAAUUUAAACACGGGGAUUUUGACGUGGAAACCCAAAUCGGGAGAAAACCACGGGCCUUUUUUGGCGGUACCUUGCCAACGGGGGAUUUUUAUUAAUAUCGGGGGUGUGUACACGAUACAUGAAAUGGGCUCGGAAGCCAUUAAUGGUGGAGCUACAAGCUGUUGAAGAAGAAGGAAAAAUAUACUCUGAAGACUUUCUAGAAAGAGAAACUAGUUUGGGCAGAGAAGGAGUGAUAUUUUUCCUCCUCAACAAUUAGGGCAACCCUCCCUUUUAUAGGAGAAGGUGAGAGCAUCUCUACGAAGGAAUAUUCUCUUAUUCCUCUAUUUUAUUAAACAGGCCCGGUUUAACUGUUCUUCGUAAAUAAUUGGGAAAUGUGGGNAAACCCAAAUCGGGAGAAAACCACGGGCCUUUUUUGGCGGUACCUUGCCAACGGGGGAUUUUUAUUAAUAUCGGGGGUGUGUACACGAUACAUGAAAUGGGCUCGGAAGCCAUUAAUGGUGGAGCUACAAGCUGUUGAAGAAGAAGGAAAAAUAUACUCUGAAGACUUUCUAGAAAGAGAAACUAGUUUGGGCAGAGAAGGAGUGAUAUUUUUCCUCCUCAACAAUUAGGGCAACCCUCCCUUUUAUAGGAGAAGGUGAGAGCAUCUCUACGAAGGAAUAUUCUCUUAUUCCUCUAUUUUAUUAAACAGGCCCGGUUUAACUGUUCUUCGUAAAUAAUUGGGAAAUGUGGGCCGAGCCACGUAUUAUUUCACAUCAAGAAGUCCUCCACUUUUUUGAGUUGUGAGAAUCAUCAACUUAAAAAAGUAAACAAGUCCUCCGAGUGUGAUCUUCAGUUUUCGUACUUUGAAUUCUUGACCGAUUGAUAUUUUUGCUAGUCCUCCGAGUCUUCAUUAGUUCUCCAAUUUUAGAAGGUUUUCCUGCAAAAAUAAUAUGUACAACAUUUUUUUUUUGACCGGCCUAUGCCGUGCUCAAAUAAUUUUAUUAUCUUUACCGAAGAGCUCGGUGUUAGGGCGAUUAAACUCCGCGUGAAUAAUUAUCGUAACAAGAGCGAUGUCAGUUCGAUUAAGCAACGAUGCUUCGAGUAGUUAUACGACGCCAGAGUUAGUACGAUGAAGCGUCGGUGCUUCAAGUAGUUAUUUCGUCGAGACCGAUGUUAGUACGAAUUAAGUAAGCGAUACAUGAUGAAAUUAGUAUACAAACGACAUUGACGUUAGUUAAUAAGAAUUGAAUCCGAUGCGGUAGCUUUGUUGAAGAUCAGUGUUAGCCCGGCUACUGUAAAUAUCUCCAUGUCUCACGGAGAUCAUCUUCAAUCAAAGUGCCUCAGAUGGAGGAGGGCUUAAAUGAAUCGGGCGUCCCCGAUGUGAGCUUUGCUCACUUUUUGCUGAAACCAAUGCGCAAUCGGUGUACCCAAUUCGAUUGGGCUCAGGCUUAUUAGAAAAUAUGUGUAAGACCGGUGUGAGACCAGUGUACCAGUUCGACUGGGUCACAUAUUUUCUUUAUUAUACUGAGCAAGCCCGGUGUAGUAACCAGCGUGCCAGGCCAGGCCUGUGUCUCAGUCUUCCAAUAUGAUAAUGCUGCUGGCCGGGCCAGAUCAACAUUGGAGAAUUAACCAUGUCGGAUGGUUUCGAGCCCUCUCCAAGGCCCAAAAUGCACCUUUCUUCCAGGGCCCCCUCUUCCGGGUGAUUAAGUCUUUUAAUGGCCCUUUGAUAUCUACCAUCCCGGGAAGGCCUUAGCUCACCCCCGUUCAAGUCUUCCCUGAGAAGGGGGAAAUAGGAUGCGCCACGGUGGACGAUCCAUUUUCUAUUUCUUUUCAUGGGCAUCUUUUAGUCCCCAAUCAGUUUGCCAGUCUCGGCUGAUUCCCCGAUACCGGUCAAACCUCAUGGGCCCGUGUAAGUACGGUUCGAACCUUCUUCGAGGUCCAGCCCUCUUGCAGGCAUACCCUUUUCCGGGGCCCUCUUCCGGGUUUAUUAUUUUUUUAUUUUAUACUGAGCAAGACCGGUAUAGUAACCGCCGUGCCAGGUCCGGACCUGUGUCCUAGUCUUCCAUCAAGAUUAGUCGAAGAAACAAUGCCAAUCCAGCGACUUGAUAGGGGAAAGAUUCCCUUAUCUCCACCUCGUCCUUUUCUCCUUUGUAGCAAGUGCACCAUGAUUUGAGGGGACCACUAUAACCCACUUUCCUCCACGCCUGCCACAUGCCUUCAAUCACUUAGCUUCCAUACUUUUUUGUUUUCUUCUCUUUGCAUACUUUCGUACAGAGUAAUCGAAAUAUGCCCAAUGAUGGGCCCUACCUUGUUGAUACAUCCAAAGCACCCCACUUUAUAAAAAAGGGUGAUGAAUGCAUGUGACACCACAUAUGCACCUUCCCUCUUUCGGCUUUUUGUCCCUGGAUGUGAGAUGAACAAGAUGGGCAGACAGCAUCUUGCCAAAGUGGAGACCGGUUUUGGGGUCGACAAUCCCAUCGUUGGGCUGGAAGAGCAAUCUGAGGAACGCCUACUUCGAAAUAGCUUUGUACGUGAAAUAAUUGAUCAGAAACGGCGACCCGAUCGAUGCACUUGAUCAGAUUUGGCCAGAAUGAGCCGGCGGCCGGCGGAUACGAGGUCUCGAGCACGGCCAGCGAACGCGCAGUGGUGACUUUGACUUUGGCGUCCAGGCCGAGAUUCACGAUGGCAGUGUGGAUUCUCUGCAUCGCUGGGAGCAGAUUGCUGGAGAGGGAGGUGUCCUUGAGAGUGAGGACUUCAUUUCUGACGGCAACGCAGGCGACUCUGGUCACUGGUAAGUACACCUCCACGUUCCUAAGCAGCGGCAGCAGCCUUUUGAGUUAGUAGGCUGACUUUGGCUACAGUAGACUUCGGCAGCACCACCGAUGACCACCGGCCACUGGCGUGCAGGCGAUGACGACAAAUCUAAUGGAGGCGGUGGUGAUAGACUUCGUCGGCAGAAGCAAUCUGCUUGCUCCUCUUCAACAGUGGUGAUAGACUUCGACGGCAGAAGCGAUCUGCUUACUCCUCUUCAACGGUGGUGAUAGACUUCGUUGGCAGAACCGAGAGCGAUCUUCUUGCUCUCGGUUAGAGUAAUGGCUAACUUUGGUGCGGGCAAAAGCGAAUUACCCCCGAUAGUGUGAUUGUCUUCUUCCUCCUCUUCGACGGUGGCGGCGGGAGUGGAGAAUUGAGGCCCUGGUGAUGCUGACCUCAGCCGCAACAUCAACGACAGCGGACGCCAAGAUGGCGGCGGUCAAAAACUCUCGUGGCUGACUCCAGCCUCCUCUUGUCUUUACAGUUGCCGCAAAACAAAUCCCAUUCUCAAUGGGUCAAUAGUUUGGCUAUUUUGUAAACAAAGCCUCGCCUCCAUGUUUUUUUCUUCUUUAUUUUUGCACGAAUUGAGAUUUUAAACUUCCCCUACCUCUCUUCUUUUGUAGCAUUUUUGCAGUAAGGAAAAGAUGAACAUGGCUAUUUGUUCAGGUCCCACGGUCGGCGCCAAAAUGAUGGUGUAAAUUAUCGACCGGUAUACCGUUUUAGCCCGGCUAAAACGAUAAACUAGUCUAAAAAUACACCAAAAUUUAAACACGGGGAUUUUGACGUGGAAACCCAAAUCGGGAGAAAACCACGGGCCUUUUUUUGGCGGUACCUUGCCAACGGGGGAUUUUUAUUAAUAUCGGGGGUGUGUACACGAUACAUGAAAUGGGCUCGGAAGCCAUUAAUGGUGGAGCUACAAGCUGUUGAAGAAGAAGGAAAAAUAUACUCUGAAGACUUUCUAGAAAGAGAAACUAGUUUGGGCAGAGAAGGAGUGAUAUUUU